AUGUUCAAGGUCAUCCCAGACUGGAAGGAGCAGGAGUGGAAUUCUGAGAAACCCGAGAACUAUGUGGGGAUCUUCCACUUCCAGUUCUGGCGUUUCGGCCAGUGGCUGGACGUGGUGAUCGAUGACCGCCUGCCCACACUCCACAACCAACUCAUCUACUGCCACUCCAACUCCAAGAACGAGUUCUGGUGCGCCUUGGUGGAGAAGGCUUAUGCCAAGCUGUCAGGCUGUUAUGAGGCCCUGGAUGGAGGCAACACAGCUGAUGCCCUGGUAGACUUCACUGGUGGGGUCUCUGAACCUAUUGACCUAACAGAAGGGGACUACAUUGCUGAUGAAGCCAAGCGAAACCUCCUCUUUGAGCGUGUGUUGAAGGUGCACAACCGAGGAGGCCUCAUUAGCUGCUCCAUCAAAGCCACCUCAGCAGCAGACAUGGAGGCCCGCCUGGCCUGUGGGCUGGUGAAGGGCCACGCGUACGCGGUGACGGACGUGCGGAAGGUCCGCCUGGGCCAUGGCCUCCUGUCCUUCUUCAAGUCGGAGAAGCUGGACAUGAUCCGCAUGCGCAACCCGUGGGGCGAGCGGGAGUGGAACGGACCUUGGAGUGACACCUCUGAGGAGUGGCAGAAAGUGAGUAAAAGUGAAAGAGAGAAGAUGGGGAUGACGGUGGAAGACGAUGGAGAGUUCUGGAUGACCUUUGAAGAUUUCUGCAAAUACUUCACGGACAUCAUCAAGUGCCGUCUCAUCAACACGUCCUACCUGAGCAUCCACAAGACCUGGGAGGAGGCAGUGCUACACGGGGCAUGGACCAGAAACAGUGACCCCUUGAAGAACCGCUGUGGAGGCUGUAUCAACCACAAGGACACCUUUUUGCAGAACCCCCAGUACAUAUUUGAUGUAAAGAAGGCAGAAGAUGAAGUGCUGAUCUCCAUCCAGCAGAAGCCAAAAAGGACGAGUCGCAAAGAGGGCAAAGGAGAAAACUUGGCCAUAGGCUUUGAUAUCCAUAAGGUGGAGCUGAACAGGAACUACCGGAUGCACACCCUGCAGCAGAAGGUGGCCAGCUCCAUUUACAUCAACUCCCGCAGUGUCUUCCUGAGGACAGACCUGAAGGAAGGCCGCUAUGUCAUCAUCCCCACCACUUUUGACCCUGGUCAUGUAGGCGAGUUCCUUCUCAGGAUAUUCACAGAUGUGCCUUCAGAUUGCAGAGAGCUGACACUGGAUGAGCCACCACAUACCUGCUGGAGUGGGAUGUGUGGUUACCCACAAGUGGUAUCCCAGAUCCAUGUUCUCGCUGCAGCCGGGCUCAAGAAUCAGGACUCCCAGGGAGGAGCUGACCCUUAUGUGAUCAUUAAGUGUGAAGGGCAGAAAGUUCGCUCUCCAGUGAAGAAGAACACGGUGUCUCCAGAGUUUGAUGUGAAAGGGCUCUUCUACCGCAAGAAGCCAGGACAACCCAUCAUUGUUCAGAUCUGGAACCACAACUUAAUAAGUGACGAGUUCUUGGGCCAAGUGGUGCUCACGGGGGACCCAAGUGACCGGCAGGCAGUGCACACACUGCACCUCCAGGACAAGGGGAACAAGAGAUCAAAUGAUCUUCCUGGAACCAUCGCUGUGAGGCUGCUCAGCAGUAACAUCCUCACCAAUGUCUGAGUACUCAAGGACUCUUCUUCUGGUGCCACAUAUGUGUAUAUAAACCUGCACACAUA